UUUCUAGGCGUCCAAAGGUUAUGUGUGGUGAGUCACCCAAAACCUCUUUUACGCAAAUGGCCCGACGUUUUACUUCCCCAUCCGAUAGAAGGCGUGAUCAGGCAAAUCUCGUCUCGAAAAAAUGCCACCGGGUCCGUCUGGGAUUGAACCCAGACCAUACUGGGAUUUAGAGGCUACCACGCUAACCACUAAACCACCGGACCCGGCAUACAUUUUUAUAAUAAAUUCCUUAACUGGAAGGUAAUAAAUGAAAAAAGCUUUUUGGAGGCCCAUCGGCAAAUGCCUUCCCUGAUCUCAGGACAUCUAAGUGUUGCUUGAAAUGUAGGCAACCCGCCUAACUAUUUGACCCUUCGGGGUACAUGUCGAGUUCUAGGAGAAGAUCGGAUCACUUAAUUUAUCAUGCUAAUUCUUCAAGCCGAAUGAGUACAGAAAUUAACAGUGCGAGGAAAAAGCUACCGCACAUCUGGCGCGCCGGGGAAUCGAACCCCGCUCUUUCGCAUACCGUGCGAGCGCGUACACCACUUCGCCAACGCGCCGUGCUUGCCGAGGCAAGUUCAGCUAGUUGUUUUGUGAUCUACCGUUCUCCACCGAUCGUACCAGUGUACGGUUGCUUCUUCCACAACACUAUUAUUCUGUUCUCAAAGGCUUCUUUAGAAUACCGACACACGGAUCAAGUAUAUUUUUAGACGCAUUGUUAUUGUCGAGUUCACAGACAAAUGGACACCUACUUAGUGACACGUAGUCAAAUUGUGAGACAAAUUUUAGCUGAUUGCCUACUUGAAUCUAUGGCAAUGUUUGGCAGGUUAGAGCCACCAAGCUCGGAAAACCUAAGGUUAAGAUUUUUUGUUUUACCCUAAGCAAAGGGCAACGCGAUUUCUUAAUUUAUCAUGCUAAUUCUUCAAGCCGAAUGAGUACAGAAAUUAACAGUGCGAGGAAAAAGCUACCGCACAUCUGGCGCGCCGGGGAAUCGAACCCCGCUCUUUCGCAUACCGUGCGAGCGCGUACACCACUUCGCCAACGCGCCGUGCUUGCCGAGGCAAGUUCAGCUAGUUGUUUUGUGAUCUACCGUUCUCCACCGAUCGUACCAGUGUACGGUUGCUUCUUCCACAACACUAUUAUUCUGUUCUCAAAGGCUUCUUUAGAAUACCGACACACGGAUCAAGUAUAUUUUUAGACGCAUUGUUAUUGUCGAGUUCACAGACAAAUGGACACCUACUUAGUGACACGUAGUCAAAUUGUGAGACAAAUUUUAGCUGAUUGCCUACUUGAAUCUAUGGCAAUGUUUGGCAGGUUAGAGCCACCAAGCUCGGAAAACCUAAGGUUAAGAUUUUUUGUUUUACCCUAAGCAAAGGGCAACGCGAUUUCUUAAUUUAUCAUGCUAUCAAUGCUAUCGGAUCAAUUAAUUAAUAAACUAGGGCAUCGAAGGGAUGUACUCGGUCACGAAAUUUCUCUACGUAGAUAUCGAAUGCUAACGUAACAUGAUCAAGCAUACGGUGAUUCAUACAUUGCUACUGUAACUUAUCCAACCUGGAACAAAACCCUGUUGAAAAUUCAAUAAAAUUAAGUUCGAAGAUCAUCCUACCAACGUGUUUCCCUCAGAAAGAAAUACAAGUGGUGUCCAGUUAUAGUGAAAAGUAAUAGUGCAGUGAGUAAGGUGCAAAAGUGUCCCGAAGUAAGUACCUGGAGCACAGAGAACAGAUGUAUAUCAUUGAACAAACAGCAUUGAAAAACGUGUGUAAAAAUUCAAACAAAAAUACGUUGAAAAGAGCUAGGGUGUGCACCAUCCGCCUAGAUAGCGCCACUUCCAAAAUCAUGAUGGCCCACAGUAGCAGAACGUUGGACCAUCUAAUCACUGCAUAAAACAUUCCGUACGAACGACAUCAGACCAAUAUCUGAACGCCUUCAUCAGAGGGUUGCAAUUUUACGCGCCAAAGAAAGUAAACAAAACGAAAUCGGACAUAACAUGUGUAAAGGGACUAUUUUAAGUUGUCGCUGGAAAAAUCAUUUUUGAAUGAAUUUUCUGUUAUGUUUUCGUUGCGUUUUUGCAUUAUUGUUAGUCAACUGGAAUUAUACAGAAGUGAAUUUUAUAUUUAAACGAGGUUAACAUUUAUUUUUUUCCGAAAUUAUUGAGCCUUUUUCAUUGUUAAGUCAAGUAUUCUCAACCGCGACGGUGGCGCCGCCAAGCGUAUCCUGCACACUCUAAUUACUUUGAUGCAAGAUUGUAUGCAACGCAUUUUUUUAGUGCAACAGUGUUUACACACAAGUUAGAGCCUAGAUGUACAUCGGUUCUCUGUGCCUGGAGUGACAUCGCCGAGGAAACCUUACCAGUGGAUACCCAAGUAACCAUCCAGCACUAAAAGAAAUCAUAAAUUAGUUGGUAAACAGCAUUCACCAGCAAUAUGUCAUAAAACAGCUAAGAUCUUUGCAAAUUAGCUCUAAUACAACUGCUUUGCUAACAGCUGGAAUAGAGCUGAUUUACAGCGGUCACUAGCAACACUGUCAUGCUGUUUCUAAAAAAACUGGCAUCAAGUCUGCCAUUUUGAGUGAGUGUGAGAGCGAGUGAGCGAGAAGGAGAACAAAGCAAAACACAGCUCUCGCUCACUCGUAGAAAAAUCAACAUGGCAAGCAAGAUCAAUGUAGGGUCCGACCCUCCGAGUGUGCUGCCCCUUGGCACAAGUUGUGUGAGAGACGUUGUGUGAGAGAGGGAAAGGACGCGAGAGAGUUAGUCUAAUGCGGACAGUGUGGAGGAGUGCACGCAACGAUGAGCUGCUGCACGACGCGAGUGGUUCCGGGACGACUAGCGUACGGACUUCGGUCAGUGGGCGAACGGGUGGACGAUCGGCGGCUUUUACGAGCUGCGUCCGUUACGCGAGGACCCCACAAAGUUGGCGACGAGGAUUAACAGGUAUUAACAGGUGCUAAGUUGGGCCGUUGUUUUGAAGACAGUUGCGCUGUUUUCAAAUUCUGUUAAAAAAGAGGAGGAAAGAGGAAGUGCUCUCUCUCUUUCGAUCAGAUAGUUCUGAGAAGGAGGGCAAGAAGGAUCUUGGCAGAUCAUGACGAUUGCUGUGAUGCAUGGAUUGUUCUGUGUAUGCAUUCUCGAUGAGUUCUUUUUUGUAUUUUCUUGACACACACAUAAGAGAAACGUCACAUGGUCGGGUGCGUUUUGUGGCCCAUGCAUAAUCAAGACGAAUAGAUGACAGAUUGGUUUGGUGGUUAACGUAGGACUACAGUAAUUUUGACGAAGAACUUGAAUUAUUUCAACGUAGGAUUACAAUAAUGUUGACGCAGUAUUCGAUUGCUUUAACGUAGAACUAAAAUAAAUUUGACGUAGAAUUUCGAUUCUUUUAACGCAAGACCGAGAGGCGCGAAACUGGCCUUAAUGUAUUUAAUUUGCGCAUUUAAUAUAUUAAGGAAUCAAAUUCCUCCUGUCAACUAACAUUUGACAGCGCCCAACCAAAAAAGCAAAGUAAUCCACUUUAACGACCUCCGGGUCUUUUGUGGUCUCUGUUGCAAGUUUCUGCUCAUUUCUAGGCGUCCGAAGGUUAUGUGUGGUGAGUCACUCAAAACCUCUUUUACGCAAAUGGACCGACGUUUUACUUCCCCAUCCGAUAGAAGGCGUGGUCAGGCAAAUCUCGUCUCGAAAAAUGCCACCGGGUCCGUCUGGGAUUGAACCCAGGCCAUACUGGGAUUCAGAGGCUACCACGCUAACCACUAAACCAGCGCCCAACCUGCUUUGUCGAAAACAUUGAUUUGUUUUGCGUCUCCUUCGCACACCCGCCUGUCAAGUUUGUGUUGAUUUGUUCUUGCGGUUCUUGCUCAAAAAUGAGGCGAUGCCGGUCAUUUUUAUUGUUUUUAAUUUGUUUUCGCGAAUGUUUCCGAUAGGAAUUAGUAAAUGUCGGUUGCGCAGGUUUCGAAAUGCCGCUCAGUCGGUCUCGAGGCUGACUCAACCCGCAUCAACAAGGAGGUCAUCGUGCUGAAGGGCAAGUCCGUCGAGAAACUGAUCGCUUCCGGCCGCGAGAAGCUGUCAUCCGGUGGUGCUGUGCCCACCGCUGCCACCGAGGAGAAGAAAGCGGAUAAAAAGAUGGAAGGGUCCGGAUUCGAGGACGACAUGGGCUGCGGUUUGUUUGAACAAGGGAAUAUUCCCCGUGACCACAUCCCCGGAUGGCUGCUGGCGGUUACACUGGCGUUUUUGCCCCCGAAGACGGUACGACGGCGCUAAUUGUUUCUACGAAAUACAACAAGAAGGAAAAAGGUCGAUGCUAAUAGUACAUAAACAAAAAAUAAGUUCAAUAUUUAUUUAUUUCGUUUUUUUAUUCAGCUGCAUGUUGGUACUUUUGGCUUUGAAUUGUAGGAAUUGAAACAAUAAAUAAAGAAUGAUCUGCUUGUGUUUAUACUUCCCACGAUCAGCACGAUCGCAGGUCCGUCGAAGUUUCCGCCGGCACGGCGAUCAGCUGGGAUAAUUACUGUGCGUUGAAACUGGAUUUGGUUGCUUCGGCGGAGGUUCCCAAGGAGGCUCACGAAUGCGCAACAGCCGCAAGUACCGGUUCGACCUUGGACGAACUUCUAAACUCGGGUUCCAUCUCGGCGGUGAUUGCUUUGUUCUUUUCAUAGAAUUCCGGCUGGUUCUUCCAUUGCGUAGUCCAUUGCGAUCGGGAUGUUGUCACAAUUAAACUUGUUCCCGUCUGCGGGCGCUGUUUGAUUUAACCGAUAUUUCGUGAAAGAUAGCAGUCGGAGUUACGCUGACCAAAUCGACGAUCGCUUCAUGCAUCUUCUUCACCAAGAAACUACUAGGUAGGGCUCCACCCAAGUAACCGCGGGACUCUAAAACUUAACAUUAAAUCCACUCUAUAUCAAAAUAUAAAGUAAGCU